CUGCAUUUGCAACUUAAUUCUGUUAUUCCCCUUGCAUAUUUUAUGGUUUCAUCCAUUCCUCCGCUAGACAGAAGGCCCCCAGAGAGAGCUGCUGGUGCUGACCAGAGAGAGGCGGGUCCUGGUGCUGCAGAUGGAGGCCCUGCGCGCUGAAGCCCAGCAGGCUGAGAGAGACCUGCAGGAUCAAUAUCACAAACACCAAACAGAGCUGCAUUGUCUCCGAGAGGAGAGCCUGCAGGUGUUCCGAGUGUUUCGUCAGGUCAGUGAGGAGCAGCGGAGGAUGUCGGAGGGCAGAUACAGGAGCGUGCUGCUGGAAGCCGUGCAGGAUGCCGUCUACCUGUCUGCCCAGAACCAGGAGCUGCAGACUGACAACAAACAACUCCCAUUGGGAGAGUUAAAGGAUGCUCUAGCUGUGCGAGGUGAUCCUACGGCUGAACGGUUAUCCCAACAGCCAUGA